AAGUGUUAGCGAGUUGUGAAGCGAAACGAACACGGCCCGGCACGAGACAGCACGCAGUUGAAGGCGUUUUAAGAAAAUUCCUAAAGUCAAGAUCAAUGUCAGACAAUCAAGAGCACUGAUAAGAUGAUAAGAGUGUAGAUAAGAACAGUACCAAGUGUUCCUACUGAAGAGCAGCGUGGAAAGUGAGUGAAGCGCAGUGCCAAGAGUGCAGUGAAGAGCGGUGGUAGCGAUAGCCAGUAGCCGCAGCUGCCACACCACAGGCCACAGCUGAUGAUGGUGACACCCGAGGGCCGAAGGGUGACCACCAGACAUUGUUUUCUUGUGGCAUAAAGCUCUGAUAAGUUGAAUGAUGUCUGCACUACAAAACUCCAUGAGAACAGUGUUUGCGCAUAGACGAAUACUGAACAGUUUUUGGCCCCGACUUGUCACCAAGACUUCAUGCUGCAGUGAAGCUAAGAUGGCUGGGGAGGGAACAGUCAAGGUUGAGCAGCUUGAAGGUGUCACCCUCAUUGGCAUCAACAGACCGGAGAAAAGGAAUUGCGUCAAUACACCAACUGCCGAGGCACUCCUCAAGGCCUUUCAGGAGUUUGAUGCAGACGAGUCCUCAAAGGUAGCUGUGCUUUAUGGUGUUGGUGGAAACUUUUGUGCUGGGUAUGACCUGAAAGAGGUGGCAGAAGAUGUCCCAGUGUCCCUUGGUUCCUAUGGUCGUGGACCCAUGGGACCUUCACGCUUUGAGACAAGGAAACCUGUCAUUGCUGCUGUGGAAGGCUUUGCUGUGGCUGGAGGAUUGGAGCUGGCCCUUUGGUGUGACUUGAGGAUAGUGGAGGAGACUGCUGUCAUGGGAGUCUACUGCAGAAGAUUUGGUGUUCCUUUGAUUGACGGAGGAACAGUCCGCCUUCCUGCAAUUGUUGGUGUGGGUCGGGCCCUUGAUCUCAUCCUCACAGGCAGGGCCAUCAAGGCAAAGGAGGCCCUGGAGUGGGGCAUUGCUAAUCGCCUUGUGGCUUGUGGCACAGCUAUAGGCCAAGCAGUUAAGAUGGCACAGGAGCUGCUCAAGUUUCCUCAAGAGUGUAUGUUGGCUGAUAGAGCAUCAGUGUACAAUGCUGUAUUCAAUGCCAAGUCACUACAAGAGGCCUUGCAGUUUGAACAUGAGAAUGGAUGUCCAGUAAUUUUUAAAGUAAGUGGAGAAAAAAGCUGUCGGAACUCAUCAAUGAUAAUUGAGAGGGCUAUAGAGAAAGGGGGUGGGGGAGGAUGGGGCAGGCAUGAGGCGGUGCCUGGUCGAGCCGCCCCCGACACCUGA